UGAGCAAAAUUAAAAAAAAUCUCUGUUCUCCCGUUCGUCUCGCUGUAGAUCAGCCUGGGCUCUAAGAAAAGAGGCUCAGGGCUGAGGCCUGUUAAACCCUUUGAUUAAACAUGGGGAAAUGGUCGAAAUACAUGAUAUUUCCAUCUCGAAACAUUGCAUCGUGGAUUAUUUUCGACAUACUUUAGAAACACAUCGACUCUUGGGUUUUCCGUCCUGUGCAAUUUUGGAUCUAUGGGACUUUGUCUCAAGCCUCGGACUCGCCUCCGAGUGGUGUCCGGCAAGUCGAAUGGAUUUUCCGUACGCCCUAUAGGAAAGACUGGGGGAAGCCUUAAGUGUUCAUUCUACAUUUGUUUUCCAGCAGUUUUUCACGAAUUGUAUAUGAACAUGUUAUGCGUGUAAUAUAUAUGUAAUUGUUUUGUUCAGUUGUUGUUAUAUUUUCAAUAUAUUUGUUAAAAUUAUAAACGUUGUCGUAGGCCACGUUUCGAAAGCAGUCUGAUAUACUGUCUUUUUGGCGGUUAACGCUAAAUUACAUUACUUCGCUCAUUAUUUAAUUGGAAACUAACUUUAAUCACUCGAAACUGUGAUCAUUACAACUAAUAUACUAGCCAGCUGAGGACAGUUUUAAUAACAAAUGUAGCUUUCUUAGCAAUUAGAGCCAGGUUAGCUCAACGUAUGAUUACUUUGCCGACAACGACGGUAUGAUCCCAGCUUUCUGUAUUUGUAUCGUACCCAUGGACACUUAUUAUACAUAGUUAACUUGCUAGGCUUUCAUAUGAAUAAAUAUAGUAUUUGAAAGUUGGGUUUUGCUCAGAAGAUGCAAAAAAGUAAGCGAAAGGACCCGGAUGGUUUAGCCUCGGAAAGAACGCUGCGGGACCAAACGGCCAGCUAGUUGCUAGCAAUAGCUACGUUAGCUUAGUAAAUCGCCGGUUCUGCUAGUCUACCUUUGUCUUGGUGUUAAUGCUAUAGUACAAGAGUGUUCGUUAUAGCAGCAGAUAGGGUUUGUAUUGCGUUAUAACUUUACCCCGAGGUCAAAUAUAUAGGCUAUCUAAGCUAGCAUUGUUGGACUCCUCUAGCGCCCAACAUGGCGGUGUUCAACGAUAUGCUUCUUGUUGAGAAAGAUGGAGUCUGGGAUGUUCUUGUUGGCCAACUUGACUGGCCACAUAGCUGCGUAUUUAGAAAAUAAAUACAAAUGUUGAGCACCUUGAUAAAAUAAGGAGCGGCUCAGUGUACGUUUUAAAUUGCUAGUUUUAACGUGAUUGGAUAUAAAGUGUGGAUACGUUUCAAUAGUCCUUACUCUUCGUCGAAGUUGAAGCCAUUUUGCUAGCUAACUACGUUGAUAUUAGUCUGUUAUUGAAAGAAUAUGCCUGCUGUCUACUCAAUAAUAGGGUUUUUACAACUGAUUUUGCAGUGAAUAUGACAUUGGAGGCAUCCCACCCUUUUACUCAAUCUAAUGAUUACUUAAAGUUUAGCUGUUAUAGGUUAAAGUAAUUAUCUUGUCUCCAGGGACUUAGAGAUGCCAUUAGCUUGUUACACAAUAGAUUUAUCUGGUUAGCUCUCCUUGUUUACAGCACAAGGGAAGGGAAGACGUUUGCCCUGGGUUAAUGGCAAUAUUGUUGUCUAAAAGUAGAAGGGAACACUGUUAAUGUAUGGUCCUUUUUGAGAGGCAUACAUCUCUAUCUUCCCAAACAAGCAGUACUUUAUAUUUCCUUAGAACAAUAUGUUGCUCUUGGCAGGCAGUGCAUUCUUUCUCCAUUUUAAAGAAAUGAAAGUAACAUCUAACUAGUGCUGUUGUUUAUAUUUCAGUGCUAAUAUUGCAUAGGUAUUUGUAUACCUGAUAUUGUUUAAUUAAAUGUAAUUUAUAUGUAACAGUGCUCAGAAUGUUGACCCUGUGUGAUACAUGUUUUUACUGCCUUCUGUUUAAAUAAAGACACUGAACCAAUAUGGUGGACUGUGGGAUUUUUUUUAUUUUUGAGAAAAAAUUAAACAAUUAAUUUAAUCACAGUUGUUCUAAUAUCACUGUCAUGUUAAAUGGGACAGCUCAUCAAUGAUGUGCUGAUACCAGCAUGAACUUGCCUGUUUGCCCUCAUCUCUUUUUUGGUAGGUUCAGCACAGGAAGGAAACAAGAUGCUAGCCAAGAAGCAAGAACAGAUCCACAUCUGCAGUAUCCUUAUGGAGUCAAACCAUGUUCUGUUUUGAGUAAUUCAAAUUAAUAUAACACAUUUGUAUGCUAGGUUUGACAUGUAGAAGAAUGUGACAGUGAAUCACUUUGUUCACCAUGUGCCAUGCUAUACCAUGACUAUACAAAGGAUUCAUUAUUGACCAGCGGGCUCCCUCCUCUGGCUCAUAUUGAGAAUUGUCAGCGUUACAAAGACAUUGCACAACCACGUUUUCAGUGGUUUUCGGCGGGCUGUCAAAGGAGCUCCCUCUACUGCUGCAAGGAGCAGAGAGGUGUUCGCUCAGGACAGGCUCCAACACGCUCAGAUUUCCCUAUUCCAAGAGAGGUUUCCUCAAGUUACCAACUGUCCCGCCCCCAAGUCUGUAAGACAAUGCUGAGGGCUUAAACACCCAUUCAUCUGUUUGCAUGUGAGAGUACAAAUGUGUACAUAUGUCAUGCUUAUCUGAACACGUACUUUCAGAAAAUGCAUGUGUUGUGUUUUCACUUCAUCUGUCUGUUCUCAGAUUUCUGUGUGAAGGCUGCAGACAGGAAUUGCAGCGUUGUCCUUAUGAAACCCCUGCUUCCUCUUUAAGAAAACCACUGACAUUUGAACUCCUCGAGCAUCGUUUGACUACCCACUUUGAUCUCAGUCCAAGUCAGCUGGCGAGCAGAUUUCGGGGGCUGGUCAUGGUGUCCGGUGAAAAGGUGUGGGACCCCCUCCACACGGGCCUUAUUCAGUCACGUCUGAGUGAACAACACCUGGCUGCUGGGCUAACUCCCCUCUGCAAAAUCACACACAGUGCAAUUAAGGACACCACGUGCCAACAGAGUCGGCGGUUGUCACCUUUGUCUUCCCCGUCACCGCCAUUAGUGGCUGUAGACACCCUUCAACCGGCCCGGGACUCCUCACGCCUGCCUGUCAAUCUCCGCGGCUCAAGCAAGAUCGAAGGAUUUUACAAACAAGUCCACUGUCUUGGAGGGACCUCUCAUUCUGAAGAAGAGGAGGAGGAAGGGGAACCGGUGGAGAUGAAGGGUAAAAGGCACGUAGGCCGGGGAGAGGCCAUGAUGGAGGACAGGCUGGAGGACAUGGCCGACGGACCUAAAAAUGCAAAAAUCACCCUAAGCUUCCCACUUAGUGCCGCCCCCCUCCCAGCCUCCCUCACAUCUCCGAACCACUGUCGUAGCUCUUCCUCGUCCUCCCCUUCCCCUCACCGAAGGCGGCCAUCUUCCAAGAGCUCGGACGAGGGGUCGCUGUGGAAACUGGAUGCUACCAUGGACGUAAAGCACAGACCUUUUAAGCCCCCGAGGCGCGACAGCUCUCCGUCCUCUUCGCCUUCCUCCUCCUCAUCUCCCAUGACUGUUCAUGCACUUAGCAGGAAAGAUAUAAAAUCCCCGCCUCCUCUGAAGUGCUCCAAACUCAAUUCAGAGACUCAGUUCCACAGGUCUCCCCCGAGAUCUUCGGGCUGUUACGGCGGAGACGGGUGGGACGAGAGGCACAGGGUAACCAACAGCACCGCCUCCCCCUCUCAAACGGCCCAGAUCCUCUUCAGUCUGGGCACGUCAGCCUAUCAGAGAGGAGGGGAUACAGAGAGGAGAGAAAAAAGACCAGCUGGGAAAGUGGGAAGCCCUCACGGACCAAGUCUUCACCCGCCCCCCCUGCACCUCCCUCCUCCCUUACCGCCUCCUCCUCCUCCCCCGUCGGAGGAUCUUACCGACCCCCCUCACUCCUCAUCCUAUCCCCCCACAGCCAGCCUGAAGCCCGAGCUGAUUUGCGGUGUGUGCCAUCGGCUUUUCAGCUCGGCCUCCUCCCUGACAGUCCACAUGCGGCUGCAUCGUGGCAGCCGCGUCCUCAGUUGCCGCGUCUGUGGCAAAGUCUUCAUCCACAGCAAGAGACUGCAAUCCCAUGAGUCCUCCUGCCGGGUGCCAGGCCUUCCCUCCAACAGCCUUGGCCCCCCUCCUCUCACUGUGCAGCCAAAGGAGGAGCCGCUGGAGGAGGGCGAGGUGAGAGUGGAGGGGGGAGUGAUCGUGGGACAAUCAGAGAUCGGAAAGGUGCGGCAGGGGAAGAAAGCCCGGAGCCUCCUUGCACGUAUCCAAGGUGAUGAUGCAGCAGCCGCAGAGCUACUAGCAGGUGAUGAGCACCAUUUUGUGAAGGUGGUAGACGGCAAUGUCAUUUACUUCUGCUCCGUGUGUGAGCGCUCCUACAUGACCCUCUCCAGCCUGAAGAGGCACUCUAACGUACACUCGUGGCGACGCAAGUAUCCGUGCCACUUCUGCGACAAGGUCUUCGCCCUGGCAGAGUACCGCACAAAGCACGAGGUGUGGCACACAGGAGAGCGCCGCUACCAGUGCAUCUUCUGCUGGGACGCCUUUGCCACCUACUACAAUCUCAAAACACACCAGAAGACCAUCCACGGGAUUAACCCCAGCCUCAUCUCCAGCGAAAAGACAGCCAAUGGGGGUUACAAGCAGAAAGCGAACGCACUCAAGCUCUACCGCCUUCUUCCCAUGCGCUCCCAGAAGAGACCCUACAAGACUUACAGUGACAGUUUGCAUAAUGGCCUGCUUCUGCCACCAACUGAGACACCUUCCCUCUCCCUGCCCGGCUUAGGCUGUACUCUGGGCCCUGAGGACCUCCAAAGCCUCAUCAGCGGGGCCCACCCUCAGAGUGUAAAGCCUGACCCAGAUGACUUCCCUAAUGGCUUUCCUGUUUCCGUGUCCACUGAGGACGGGGACCUCUCUGAACUAACACCCCUCCCCCAAUCGGACAUGCCCCAAGUUAGAAAACAUGAGAGUGAGGCCCUGGAGUUAGAGCAGGGGAGAGGCAGCUUCAAAAUGUCUAGUAGCAGCAAAACCAAAACUCCCAAAACGGAUAGAGGCUCAGAAACAAGCAUGCCUUCUGUGAUAACAUAUGGCCACACGAAACCCUCUGUGAUAGUUCACGGAACAGCAGUGUCAUCCUCCGUCAUCAUGCAUAGCAACCAGGUCACCUCUGGGAGUGAAAAAAGCCCAGUGAGCAGCCAGUCCCCUGAAACCAGCAGCAGUUCACACAAAAGCAUUCCCAGAUCAUUCAAAAGACAGAGAGAUAGUGUAGAUAGACACAGAAAGAGGUCAAGAGGCAGUUCAGAUACAACAGAGGAGGACUCAAGAGGUAGACAGGGUGCGGAGACGGGCAGAUUAUCUCACAAAUCACGGAAAUCCCACAGCAAGAGCGACAUGUCGAACUCAAAGCUGCUGUCAGCGUCUGUAGGGUCACAGGUCAAAGAGGCGGGGCCAUUGUGCCAGAUUACUGUACGUAUUGGCGAGGAAGCAAUAGUGAAGCGCAGCAUCUCCGAAACAGACCUUAGGAGAGACAAGAGCCACUCUCCUCCAAAACCCAAACGGGGUGAAACGUCAUCAGUGCGGGAUGCCAAGGACACACGCCACUCACACUCCCACCACCAUCACCAUAAACACCGCCCCCACCGCAGAGUGGAAGAAGAGGGUGAUAAGGAGGGAGGAGAUUGUGAGGAGGAGGCAGAGCAAAAGAGCUCCAAAUCUCCUGAUGAAGUGAGGGAGUACUACUUCCGAAGGGAGGUGCGUCAUCAGGAGAGUGACCACGAUGAAGAGGAUAAUUUAUGGCGGCCUUACUACUCCUACAAGCCUAAGAAAAAGGCACAAGCACAUCUACAGAGGGUCAAGAGCUGGCAGAGGAAACUGAAGUUCAAGCGCUCCAUCCGGUUGAAGAGGAGGACAGAUAGAAUCAAGAACCAUGUGAGUAAAGAAACGGAGAAAUCACAAGACGAAGAAGACGAAGAAGAAGAAGAAGAAGAAGAAGAAGAGGAAGAGGAAGAGGAAGAGGAAAUGGAGGAGGCUGAAAAAGUGUCGAAAUCUAACAGAGACAUGGGAGAGGGGAAAAAGAAAGAUGAUCUCUUUGCCCCGUUAAAGGAGAAAAACAAAGAGGCAGAGGAACAAGAGGCAGAGGAACAAGUUGCAGCGGCCCGUCAGGAGGUUUCCACUCCUCCUCUGCACUCCCCAAAGCCUCCUCCCUCUACCCCAGCGGCUCCUACGGGAAUAAAGAGGCGGCCUUGGACCAAUGGGAACGCAGCAGAGUGUGGAACAUGCGGCCGCUGGUUCUCAAGCCCCAGGAAGCGAGACAAACAUGAGCUGAACCAUCUGCUGGAGUUUGUGUGCCUCUUCUGCCGGGCCACUUUCCCCUCAAGGGAUAAGUUGGAGGACCACCAGAGAGCCCAGCAUCCCAAGCCUGCUGAAGCCCCCACCGUACCCCAAAACGAGGAACGUGGCCAACAAGUUGAACCUGUGCCAGAGAUUGCAAAUGAAGAAAAAGGGGCGCAAAUAGGGAGGAAUUCAAGUCCGAGUCGCCUAAGCAGAAGAGCGCUAUCACGACACACCUGUCCGCAGUGUCACAAGGUUUGCAAGACAUCUUCAGCGCUAACUCGCCAUAUCCGACGCCAUGAGUUAAGCAGUUCCCCAGAGAGAGAAAAGGAAGACAGAGAUUCAUCGCCAAAGACGACUGAGACAGUUGUUAACACUGUUAGCAGAGACCUAGAGACGGAAAAAGGCCCCAGUGCUCUCUCUGUGUCAGUUAUCAGCUAUUUAACACCAGACCCGCCCAGCAGUACUGACUCUGUGGCAUCACGGCAGCGUGAAGACCCCCUCAGUGAACCGACACGCGAACAUCACAUGUCAGAAUCCGGUGACAAACCUGAGCUCACACAUCCGGUUCUAGAGCGAGAGCCCAGUCCAGACCCUCCAUUAGAAAGCCCAGUAACCCCUACUCCCACUAAAUUCCCUCCUGCCCCACCCUCUACUCUCCAGAGUGUGCUGGUCAUGAAUGGACCUGAAUGUCUUGACUACCGCACCCCCGGGAAAAAGAGCCUAGACAGCCAGAUCCACAGAAUACCCAGCCCUGUGCACAUCGUGGCAUCCAGCAACACCUCUCAAAAUGUGCCCACAGCGUCACAGACCAGAAUAACCACUGCUGCUCCUCCUGUUUCCAUGACAACAGCUCUCAGCUCCGAGGGGGGAUUUAUGAAACGGGAUGGGGUCAUUAUGGACAGAGAGAGGCAGGGCGGGAGCGGGAUAUUUCGUCACAUGGUUUACGAGGAGCCCCCUCGGGUCCAGGAUCUCAGAGUUCAGUCGCUGUCCAGGAGUCCCUCUCCCGACGAAGCACAAGACCUGACCAUGUCCUCCAUUCUAGCGAGAGAGAGGGAGAUAGAGAGACAGAGAGAAAGGGAGAGGGAAAAAGAGAUGGCGAGGUCCCAUCAAAUAAGUAGAGAGAUUUCAGAUUUCCAGAUUUCUCUGUUGGUCCCUAAAGAGGAGCCCUUGAGCCCUGUGCCGUCCCCCCAGCAUAUCCCCCCUCAAACCACUAUGAAUGGAUCCUCGUCACACAGGCACACUCCCAAAUCCCCCUGCCGGUCCCCCUCAACUAUUGGCCUCAUAGCUCAGGCCAAUCGCCAGGUUCACUCCAGUUCACAAGGCCUCGACAGACUCCCCCUGCCCACUGGAGCAGCUGGUGCGUGUGAGCGCCCCUCCGCCCACGCUCUGCUUCUCCCCCGGGCCCCUCAACCACCUGAGCCGGAGCACCACGAUACCGUAUCUUCCAGAGAUAGGGACGCCACCCCAGUGGGCUACCAUUCCCAUAAUUACCCCCUGCCCCUUAUUGUGCCGGACAGCUACCACUCCAGUAAAAACCAGGAGGAAAACCUGCUCAUGUCCUCCUAUCCUGCUGGAGCUCUUCCUUUCGGCCCACUGGGGAAAAUGAUGGUCCCGAGUGGCGGGGACUUGGCUAAGCUGCCGUUUUAUCCGGACCCUUACCAGCUGCUCUACGGACACCAGCUGCUGGCCUACCCUUACAACCUGGCUGCUCUUCCUGUGACUCUGAACAUGAUGGCACCUGGGGGGGACAAAGUGGAGCCUCUGCCUUUCCUCCCGGCCAUCUUCAACUACGCAGCCACCGCCGGCCCCUACAUGGGAGCAGCCCCUCACCAGUUUAUGGCAAACCCAGGGCUCUACAGCAGCAGCAGCAGCAGCGGCGGCAGCAAGAAGCCGCGAGACAGCAGCAAACCGUAGGACACAGAAGCACUCUGAGGAAUAUAUUUCAGUGGUGACGGCCUGGCCUGUUAAGGAUGGGAUGGGAGGGGAGGGGUGGGUGCUCACUGGGUCACUGAGUACACUCGCACAGCAUCCCUGCCUCUCUUUCAAUGAGUGGAGAUCAGAGCUAGGCAUUAAAUCUGGAGUAGGAUGAAGGGAGGAGAAGGAGCAGGGAGAGGGGCCAGUGACGUAUCCCCUCUCUUUACUCCCGCUCACCUUUCUCAGCGUCUCUCCUGUCUUGCUGUAGUGUGUCGUAGUUCUAGAGCUUGAUUAAUCUUCCUCUCUGACUCAUUAUAUUAUCAAUAACAAUAAGAACUGCUAACAGGGUGUGUGUUGUGUGACACAUUAGUUGAUUCUGCUUCCCUUUAUAGCCACCAUGUUACAAGGAUAAACAGUCUUCAGGGAAGGCUUGUGGAUGAGAUCAGGAUAAGGGAUGAAACAGAAUAGUCCUUACUCAACACAGCUGGCGGUGGAGUGUUAAGCAUCCUUAUUUGUAUGAGUGAAUGAGAAUGAAGGUGUAUCCUGUCAUUAAAUUGUCCAUGACAAUAUGUACAUGCACAUGCGAGCAGGAAUGUGUGCAUGCGGAGGUGGGCCUUAGCAGGUAUGACUGUGUACACUUUGAAGUGUGUGUUUUGGAGUAUGUGUGUGAGUGCCUAGAUCAUUCCGUGUGAGACUUGCACAGCAUUCCUCCUAUUUGGAAUGGCUGCUGUAGGUCAAUGUGUAGAAGUGCAUUUAGAAGUGAUUCUUCAUAUCCAAAUCAUUAAGAAGUAAAUGCUAUGGCUGGAUGCGAGUCUAUGACAAUGACAGAUCAUUUGAGCUUCUAAUGUCUCGACUAACCUGGCGACUUGGGGGCCAAAUGGCACUGUAGGAUCUUUAUAGCAUUCACCAUAGUUUUUAUAUUAUGUGCACAAAAAUAGAAAAAGUAGAGGUCACUUUAUGGGGACACUUGUAGCUGCUUGGGAUAUGUAGCUGGCCACUGGGUUAGAAAUAAAGGCUGGUAGGCCAUUGCACUUCCGCUUCUCAUCUCAUUUCCUUCAUGUAAAAUAAGGAAAAGAAUACAAACCAGUCAGCCUUCAUCUUGUAUAGCUUUUUCCUCUUUGAUUGGAAGAGAAAACGGCUCCAUUUCCUAAGCCAGAAAGAAGAAAGUGACAGCAAGGAAGGAAAAAGACAAAUGGAUUCAGGGUAUUUUCUGUAUAGGAAAAGAAUAUAUGGGCACAAAACUGUUGGACUCUUGAGUCAGAAGGACCCACAGAAAGGACUUUGGGGACAAAAAAACGUCCUGCUCCCCAACCGAGGGGACUGAGGGGUGUUGGGAAUAGCCUGGGCUAUUUCUCCUCCUUCCCUUAUUACUAAAAGGUAGGAAAAGGCUGAACUUAGCAGCCAAAGCGGUGGCCGAAACCCCCCCAGGUGCCCUCCUGGGGCCUUUUUUGUUUUACGUGUAAUGUUAUCUUUAUAUGUUUGUUUUGUUAAACUAUGUUGUUGGUUAUGUUGUUUAGCCCUUUUACCAGAUGGAAAUGGCUUCAGUGAAAAGGGCGAGUAAACUUUAAAAUAUGAAUGUAAAUGUAGUCAUGAGGUUAAUGAAGUACAGCUGCAUUAAUGGUAGAGAUCGUUCUUUUUUUUCUCUCUUUUGACACAAAUAACCUGUUAAAGAAACCGUAUAACGUCUGGUAUGCAUAUAUACAGUAGUCCUAGGAACAUGUCAGUAAACUUGGGUUCUGUAUCCACAAAGCAUGAGCAUCACUUGCUUCCUAACCGUUUAUAUCCUCAGCAGAUCUGGCAUUGUGCACACAGCUUUUGUUUCCGUUUCCUUCCUCUGGAGAUAUUUCUGGCCUCUUCAUCCUCAUACCUUUUUUCAUUUUUUGUUGUAUUCAUUGUAGACAAUUCCAUAAAACAUGGGGCCACAUUUACUUCUCACAGUCACUACUUAGGAGAAUUCUCCUUCUUCCCUCAAACACACACUCGCACACCUCUGAAUGAAGUGCAUAUGUUUCAGUGUGUGUGCAUGUGUGAUGGUUCUCUGGCACCUUUUGGAUCAGACAGGAGUGUUCAAACACAUUGUGACCAACUGCAGGGAUGCACAAACAUCCCCCUUGGGUGUGGUUACAAGCCUUUUGCGGGUAGCCGUACGUACGUGUUUUGUGUACGAGAGUGAGUGCCUGUGCGAAUAUGAAAACCAAAUUAAAUCUGCCGGAGCAGCAGACCCCUUGGCAGUAUAUGGGCCACUUGUUCUUUUUUUAUUUUCCUGUGGGUUAGUUUCAGUGUAAAAAAGCCUUGCUGUCUCCAAUACACUAUCUCAAGCCAUUCCUUCUAGAUGGACAUGUUUGUGUUUUGGACCAUUUCUUAUGCCAUAGUUUGCCAUCAUGGUUAUCAUACAAACCAAAAGCAUGCAAAUCGACGUAUUGUAGUGACCGAACUGGAAUCUGGUGGUAAUAUAAGACUACUCACUGUAUGUUUUCGUUUUUAAUGAAUGUGCCUCUGCUUUGAUAUUUAAAUAAUUAUCUAUAGUAUGAUGUGAAUCUGCCAGAUUUCAACUGUUAAGGUGCCUUGUUAUGGCAUAAGAAAUAUGAAUAGCAAAUGAAGCGCUUUCUUGAGAAAUGACGAAGAGUUGGAGAUAGAUUUCAUGGCUUUAUUUGCUAUGAAGCUGUUCAUAGACGUAGGGGUGUGGCUAAACUGUUUUGGUAUCGUGUACAUGUCUAGGGUAAUACUGUGCCAUAUAGAGCCCACAAAAUAUGUUAAUGUUAUUUUUAAAAGAUGUUUUAAUGUUGCCUGAUGACUUUGUCUUUAGAUUUGAUACAAAGGCUUGUAGCCACAGCUCUCCCAAAGUCUGUAGUCUCCUUUUUCCGACAUUCUUCCUGUUCUCUCUCUUUCCCCCUUGUUUCCGUCUCUCCCUUCCUUUAUCUUUGCUGCAAUCAAACAAAAUAAAGUAUUAACCUGAUGACCCAAUGAAAUCAA